AUGGCUCAUACCCAUAUGAUAAAAGCUGGAUUUGAGCUACCAAUCUCUACAUUGAAUUGCCUCAUUGAUAUGUAUGCUAAAUGUGGAAAUUUGGACGAUGCACGCAAAGUGUUUGACAAAAUGCGCAAACGAAAUAUAUUUUAUUGGAACAUUAUGAUUUCAAGUUAUGCCAAAAGAGGUGGUAUGGAUUUUGCACGCAAAUUGUUUGACGAAAUGACAGACAGAGAUUGUAUCUCCUGGAAUGCUAUAAUUUCAGGCUAUGUAACAAAUGAGAAUGCCGAGGAAGCGCUCAAGCUUUUUCAGCGGAUGCAUAAAGAAAGUAGAAUGAUGACGGAGUUUAGUUUCGCUAACGUUGUUGAUGCCUGUGUUGAUAUUUUGGGGUUAGAACAGGGUAGGCAGGUUCAUGGAUGCAUUAUCAAGUAUGGAUUGAUUUCAAAUAUAAUUUUACAAAAUGCUCUGGUUGAUAUGUAUGCAAAAUGUGGGAAUUUGGAGUAUGCCCGUCAAGUGUUUGACGAAAUGCGUGAACAAGAUUUGGUUUCAUGGACGGCUAUGAUUGCAGGAUAUGCGCGUCAAGGCGUGGGAAGGAAGCUUUAUGUAUGUUCAGUGAAAUGA